UCUCCUCCUUCUCGCCCAACAUCAUCCUGUUCCUCCUAGUGAUGUAUCGGCGUGCGGUGCACCUGUUUUCUGUACUAUUUAGGUCAAUGGCCGCUCAAAUGCUCUAUUUUAACCACUGUCAUCAUCAGUAGCCUCGCGGAAAGGUCGAGACGAGGUGUUCGGUGUCACCUGAGAGCCCGAGGCCUCGCUUCACUGUGAUUUAAGGAGAGGAUGUGGUAAUUUCUUCCCCCGGGGAGCAGCAGUGAGACAGCAUCUUUCCCGGGUGACACAUCAUUAUCUGUACGAGUGGACAAGCCUCGUAGGACGCCAUGUCGGACAAAAGUGACCUAAAAGCGGAGCUUGAGCGCAAGAAGCAGCGCCUCGCCCAAAUCAGGGAGGAAAAAAAGAGAAAGGAGGAGGAGAGGAAGAAGAAAGAGGUAAGGAAAAAAACAGAGAGCCAGCAGAAGGCUGAGGUGACUCCAGAGGAUUCAGACCUGGACAGAAAGCGCCGGGAGACUGAGGCCCUCCUUCAGAGUAUUGGUAUAUCACCGGAGCCUCCUCUUGUCCCGACCCCUGUGUCCCCCUCCAAAUCAGUGAGCACGCCCAGUGAGGCGGGGAGCCAGGACUCAGCCGAUGGUGGCCCGGCAGGCAGGUCAGGUUUGUCUAAAAACAAGUCCCAAGCACAAAGCACAAGGACGCUGCAGUGGGACACAGACCCUUCUGUGCUGCAGCUGCAGGCUGAUUCAGAGCUCGGGCGGAGGAUGCAGAAGCUGGGGGCCUCCAAGAUCACACAGGUAGACUUCCUUCCCAAAGAGGUGGUGUCUUACAGCAAAGAGACACAGACGCCGCUUGCUGCCCACCUGUCUGAAGUAGAGGAGGAGGAGGAAGAUGAAGAGAUGAUGGAGCCAAAGCCAGGCCCCGAAUCAGAGCCGCAGGAUGAAGACGACAACAAAGAAAACAAAGAAGGCUCAUUUUCAGUGCUGAGGGAGCUGACAGAGGAGGAGAGACAGCAGAUCCUUCACUCCUCGGAAUUUCAGAGCUUCUUCGACUGCAGCAUCCGAGUGAUGGAGCGUGCUCUGGCUGAAGACGGUGACAUCUUCUUUGACUACAGCGGCCGUGACCUGGAGGACAAAGAGGGAGACUCAGGCAGUGGCUCCAGUCUCUCUUGCAGUCGACUCUUCUAUGAUGAACACUGGUCGAAACACCGCGUUAUCACCUGUCUUGACUGGUCUCCUCAGUAUCCAGAGUUGUUGGUUGCUUCCUAUAACAACAAUGAAGAUGCUCCUCAUGAACCGGACGGUGUUGCCCUGGUGUGGAACAUCAAAUUUAAGAAGGCCACCCCCGAGUACAUUUUUCACUGUCAGGUACUGAUCAAACCACACGUACAUUUUACAGAUGGGUUAUAUAAUGGGAAUCGUGAUGGAAGGAACAAAGAGGUCAAAGAUUGCUGGGUAAAAAAAACACAAAACAUCCAGUAAUGUUGAGCUUUUUUG